GACGGCAGGCAGUGUACUGUAAGUUGUGAGAAAGUGAGGCGGGCUGGCACUGUGCUCCCCGCUGGCACUGUGACACUACCCUGUGAGCAGAGCCACCUGGGGAGACUGGCUUUGCACCUGAGAGCCACCCUGACCACCGGGGAGAGACAGAGAAAGAGAGAGAGAGUGCACACUGGGGAUUGGAAGAGAGCGAGAGACAGACCGCGUGUUUUGAAGCGUCCGCUAGACCCGAUCAUAUUAAAAAAAAGCUUUAUUUACUCUUUAAAGCCAGGAGCGGCGCCCCCUAGACCCCAUUGGCAUACAGAAGAGGGGAAAGACUCUUAAAAACACGUGUACCAGCAAUGGAAACUCACUCAGGAAGGACGAGAGGAGAGCAAACAAUUCUCCCCUCCCAAACACUCUUGUAAACUCGAAGACAAUUUAUGUUUAUGCCACGGAAAACAAUAUUGCGUCCUCCUCCUCGCUUCCUUCAUGGCACUGGGACUCAGGCACUCUCCCCACACGUCCCAGCAGUGCCAGUGUCCGGUAUGGAGGCGCCAGCAAGGAAAACACGUCCAAUAACUGCAACAAUGUGAAUGGAGGAAAAUUUUGACAUUGAAGGGACGAAAGAAGGAAAAGAUUAAUAUUUUUCUUCAUUUUCUCAUUUCCAAACCUCCAUUAUGAAAUUCUAACUGUGCUGUGUUGCUCUGAGGAAGAGGAAGAGAGGGGAGGAGGAGGAGGAGGAGGAGGGAAGAGGGUGGUGGAGGAGGAGGAGGAGGAGAAGGAGGAAAGAAAAGUGGUAUUGGUGGAAACAGAAAAGAAAGAAAAAGAAAGAAAAAAGAAAGAAAGAAAAUAAAUCGGUACUUUCUCAAAAAUGGUUCAGAUGCUGUGCCGGGUGUGGGGCGUGGGCAUGUUGAGUAUCCUAGCCCUCACCACCAGCAACAUCAUCCUAACCCUCCGUCUGAUGCAAGGGCGCGGCAUGGGAGGCUGUGAAUCUGCCAACACUGGAGCCAUCAUACCCCAAACAGUGCCCCGGUCUUGGACAUCAGCCCUUACCUCUUACAAUCAAUCUGAAUACCUUGCUUUCCUGCGCUCUGCCUCCGUCAACACCUCCGCCAGUAAGGUCUCCGGGGUCGUGGUGGUUGCCGGGGACUUCCAGAUAGACAAAGGGCGCGGCAGAUGGGACGCUAAAAGGAGUUACAAGAUUCAUGAUAGCGUGUUCACUGGCCCGCGUUUCCAGUCACUGACGGAGGAAAUGCCUGUGUGUCUCGCUACUCAGACCUCUGUGGAUAGGCUGUUCUGGCUGGCUCAGGUAGCGAGGUAUUGGACAGCUUCAAUGUCGGUGGCAGUCUUCACUCCUGACGUCGAGUAUGGCAUAGCGAGAGCCUACCUGUCUUACCUGGUUGCCUGCUUCCCCUUCCUGGGUGAGAAGGCCGCCUUUCACUUCGUCUACCCUAAGGGACACCUGCCCAGGGACCUCCCCAUUGUGAUCGACAAACUACAGGACCGGUGUGAUCAGCCCCUUGCCGUGCUGAAGGAGUUGCUGAAGAAGAGAGAUCCUAAGAUCCUGGCGUGGCGGGAGCGGAUGCCGUACCCACAGAACAUAGUACGGAAUGUGGCGCGGAAGAACUGCCAGACGGAGUGGGUAUUUCUUGUGGAUGUGGAUAUUGUACCCAUUCCCUCACUCUCACAGGACCUCUCACUCUUCCUGCUCUCAAAACACGCCAGGAACUGUAAAAAGUGUGCCUUCGUGGUGCCAACAUACGAGGUGGAUGAGCGCGCGUCCCUGCCAGUGAACAGGUCCUCCCUGCUGACCCUGGCGGCGCGGGGCAGGGCCAGGCCGUUCCACCAGAAAGUGUUCCUUCAUAACCAGCACGCUACAAACUUCUCAAGGUGGGAGGCGCGGGAGAAGGAACACCCGGGGGAGAGACAGGUGACCAUCAGCCAUUACGUGACGAAUUUUGAGUUUUUCUACGAGCCUUUCUACGUAGCGAGAGACGAUGCGCCGCCACAUGACGAGCGUUUCCUGGGUUAUGGCUUCACCAGAAACACGCAGGUGUACGAGAUGCACGUGAGCGGGUACACCUUUCACGUACUAUCUCCAAUCUUCACGCUACACUGGGGCAUGCAGGUCAAGAGGAGCCGGCCAGCGUGGAGGGAGAAGCAGAAUAAUGUUAACAGGAGGCUCUUCGAAGGAUUCAAGAAGGAGGUGUUUGCGCGCUACGGGAAGGAUCCUCUUAACAUGAUGGCCACUCGGAAGCCCCAACGUCCUGCCAAAGUCCCUCAGCCUCGCCCGCAGCAAAGGAAGGCGUAGGAUUGUAGGAUUGUAGGGUUGUGUUUGAAGGAUCUAGAUGUGUUUGUGUGUUUUGUGUGGAAGGAUGUGUUUUGUGUGUUUUUAAGGAUGUGUAGGAUGUUUUUGUGGGAUUUUAGAGUAGGUUAGGAUGUUUAGAAUGCAUUUACGUAGGAUUUUGUUAGGAUUUUGUAGGAUUUUGAAGGAUUUACGUGUGUGUGUGUGUGUGUGUGUGUGUGUGUGUGUGUGUGUGUGUGUGUGUGUGUGUAAGGAUGUGUAGCAUAUUUUGUGUGAUUUCAAGGUAGGUUAGGAUAUUCGGAUACCUUUAGAUAGGAUAACGUAGGAUUUUGAAGGAUGUGUGUGUUUGCUUCUGUGUGUGUGUGUGUGUGUGUGUGUAGGAUAUUUUUUCGUGUAUUCAGGAUCGCGUAGGAUAUUCCGGACACUUCUAGAUAGGAUAGCGUAGGAUUUAGUUAAGAUUUCGUAGGACUCUUCAUAGUUUUAGUGUUAUGUAUCAUUUUGUAGGAUUGGCGAAGGAUACAAGACAUCCCAGGAUACCAAAUGACUUAAUCCUUCUAUUGUAGGAUGUUUUAGGAUUGGAAUAGAAAAAGAUUACAUUUUUAGGAUCUGUAGAAUACUAAAGGAAUUUCUAAGUAGGAUCGAGUAGGAUAGGAUGUGUAGGAUAUGUCAGGUGUGUCAAGUCAAAUCCUUUUCUAAAACACACAGGGGACAGAGGCAAUAGGAUAAGUCAGGAGAAUAGGAUCUGGUCUAGCAUACCCUCAAAUCCUUCAUAUUAUAGUUGAAUGCUUUUAUAAAUGAUCGAAUUCUUUUUGUGACAAUAUAAGGGAUUAAAAGGGUAUUAAGUUAGGAUAUGAAGUAGGAUACUCUCAGAUCCUUUAUAAAAGAGCUGAAUCCUUUUAUAAACAAUCGAAUCCUUCUUAGUGACAAUAUAUAAGGGCUUUAAAGGGUAUUAAUGUAGGAUCUGGUCUAGAAUACUCUCAAUUCCUUCAUAUAAGAGCUGAAUCCUUUCAUAAACAAUCGAAUCCUUCUUGGUGGUAGAAUAUAUGAGAUUAAAAGGAUAUUAAUGCAGGAUCUGGUGUAGGAUGCCCUCAGAUCCUUCUUAUUGUUGCUGAAUCCUUUUAUAAAUACUCAAAUUCUUAUUGGUGGCAAAAUAUGAGAUUAAAAUGGUAUUAAGAUAGGAUUUGGAGUAGGAUAUCCUCAGAUCAUUUGUAUUCUAGCUGAAUCCUUUUGUAAACUCCUUGAAUCUUCUUUGAGAUGAAAUGUAAUUGAUUUUAAAGGGUGCAAUGGCUUUAGUAGUCAAUAAGAUGCUUUGUAAUAGUGUUCAACCCUUUAUAAACGGUCUAAGGCCAGAAAAAAAGAGCUUUAAAGAGUUCUAAAAGGUAUUUCAAGCUCCCAAACUCUUUAUAUUAGAGUUGAAUCCUUUUGUAAGCUCUCAGAUCCUUUGUGGGGAUGAAAUAUAUGGGAUAUAAAAGGGUAUUAAGAUAAACAUUGUUGUAAUACAUUCUCAGAUCCUGUUUGUUAGUGUUAAGACCUCUCUGACACUAAUACGUAAGGAAUGGAAGGGGUUCUGAGGUGUUCAAGGCUAAGUAACAGUGAAUGAAAGAGGUUCUGAGGUGUUCUAGGAAAAAACCCAGGAAAUUAAUGGAGUUCUGAGAUGUUAUAGCAAAAAUACAGGAAAUUAAAAUCUCUGAGGUGUUAUAGGCUAAAUAAAUGGAAAUUAAAGAGGUUCUGAGAUGUUCUAGGCUUAAAACAUGAUAUUUAAAGAGUUCUGAAGUGUUGUAGGUUAAAUAACAAGAAAUUUAAAGGGUUCUGAGAUGUUGUAGGUGAAAAAUAAGAAAUUAAAAGAGUUCUGAGGUGUUGUAGGAGAAAAAGCAGGAAAUUAAAGGAGUUCUGAGGUGUUGUAGGUGAAAAACAGGAAAUUAAAGGAGUUCUGAGGUGUUGUAGGUGAAAAGCAGGAAAUUAAAGGAGUUCUGAGGUGUAGGCAA